GUCAUCAAAUCGGAGCUUUGACCAAUUGGUUCCACCCAAUUGAUUGAUUGAUUGAUUUCCCCGACGAGAACAACGAAAAAACAACGGAAAAGACCGACGACGACGACGACCAUAUCUUCUAAGCAGAUAUAAACAUAAACCUAUACGGAAAGACACCCAAUUGCAGCUGGCCAUAAUGCCUCAGGAUCUACCCCCCAUCGGGGGCUACGGCCCUGUGCAGUACAAGCGCAACCUCCCCGGUCCCGGCUUCCGUCCGGCCACGCUACUCCUCGCCAUGGGCGCCGUCAUGACCUUUGGUUUUUACAAGUUGGGACAGGGCAUCCACGAGCAGAACGAGCUCGCCCGCGAGAAGAUGUGGGCGCGUAUCCACCUGAUUCCCCUGCUGCAAGCCGAGGAGGACCGCGACCUCGUCCGGAGACAUCUCGCCGACCAGGCCCGCGAGAAGGAGCUGCUGGGCGAGAACAUGCAAGUGUACAACUCUGGAAAAUACGUGAGGCCGACAUUUGCUAUUACACCGUCUACCGUGACGAAAUAGGGGAGGAGCAGGAGGAGGAGUAUAGGGGAGAUAGAUGUACUAGGGAGUGGGCAUAUGGGCUGGCUUAUAUGAGUUACCUACCUACAUAGGCAAAGAUGCGAAUGCAAAUGCAACUGCGACUGUGAAUGCGAACGCGAACGCGAUGUUCAGCUGGCUGCGAGCGGAAGAGCUCCCCGGAGUCGGCAACGGGUGCAGGACGGGGGAAGGGGGAGGGGGAGGUGUAUAUAAAAUAAAAGAGGGCGUAUAAGCUAAACUAAGCUAAGCUAUUAAAGCUGUCCAACUGAUGAGUCUUUAACGCAAGACUACCUAACCUAAAGUAACCUAUUUUUUUUAUUUUUUUUUUUUAAGUAAUCAACUGUCUAUGAUAUAUCUACCAGGUACCUAACCUACCUGGUAAAAGUACUUGGAAUUUUCGAUUUCCACGUUAUGGGACGACUCCUUAUUAAUUGUUUUUUAUACUCGACUCUCUUAAGUACCUACUUUCAGUCGGCAUCCGUAAGUUAAUAUACCGAG